UGCUUUGAAAAAUGAAUGUUCAUUUUUAUAAAUUCAUUGGAUUAUAAGUCGGUCACCAGUUUCGAUUUAACAGCAGUCAUGAAUUUAUGGCUUUUAAUCGGCAGCUCCAUUCUCAUAUUUAAGUGCAUGAGAUGCGAGGAUAGAAACUUUCGAGUUUACAUCGAUGAAGUUAACAUUACACAAGUAGAUACAGAUGUGUAUGAAAAAUUUGAGUGUAAGGUCUACCAAAUGGACAAUCGCACCUAUAUGGACUCGGCUCAUAUUUUCAAACGCACGAUUGAUGAUAUAACCGUGCAUGCCGUCCUGGAUUUUUGGAAGCUGAACAGCAAACAGAAAAUGAAAUUAUAUGAUGUUGAGUUUGAUGGAUGCUACAUUCUGGAAAACGCUAACAAGAACCGAUUGUUCAAUAUGUACGUACAAAAUUUGAAAAAACAUGCAACUGUAAAAUUUAAAUGCCCCUUUCGACCUAAUGUGAACUAUGAAGUUAAGAACUUGACAAUGAGCGAGCAGGAUUUCCCUUCGUUUGUACCUCUCGGAAAAUUUCGAUCCCUACUUGAGUAUUACACAAAUCGAAAACUGAUGGCUCGAGUCAUCGCAAGGGGACAAAUUUUGCCGUAUUCAACUGACCCAUUUAAAGUACUGGAAUGAUGGAUUACUAAUAUAAUUAUCCUUUGCAAAGAAUUGUUUGUUUUAAAGGGCGAGAAUACUUAUAUACAUAUAUCCUCAUACCUUUAAUAUAUUCAACAGAGUCUUUAUUAUAUAUGCACAUACGAUGCGUGGAUAAAUUGACGUCUGUAUUAAUUUGUUUAUUAAAUCAAAAAAGAUAGAUUUUGGUGAAGAGCAACGAUAA